AUGAAGAUACUUUGUAUUUUCCUGAUCUUUGUCUUUACUGCGUCUUGUGGUCCAUCAGUUUCACAGAAGAAAACAAGAGAAAGAACAAGAGAAAUUGCAGAGAGAGAAACGGAAUGUUUCCUUGUUCGUGGUGUCUGCAAGACUUCAUGCAGCAGCUGGGAAUACAUAUAUAAUCACUGCAACAAUAAGCCCUGCUGUGUUCUACGGGAAUACAUAAAGCCAAACAUUAAACACAUCACUACUACAGCUUAUACACAUGCAAUUUCUAAUUCUACUACACUAUACAAUACUGGGUUGUAA